CGUCAUAUGUGCGGGUUAAACGCGUGUCUCCAACGCAUCCAAAAACAAUUCAAACAAACUUCUUUCACAAUUGUGAGGUAAACAACAACAUAACAUACAUUGUUAUGCGUGCGUGCAAAAUAAAUUCAAAUAUGUUUAACAAAUAAACAUAUAAAAUUAUAAACGCAUAUCUGUGUGCAUUUUUUUGGCAGACCGUAAAAGAAAAAAACGCGCGCGUUAAAUAAAUAACAAAUUAAAUGUGACUUAAAAAUGCAUUGAAUAUUUAAGUAAACAAUAAUUCAGUGAAGGAAAAAUUAUUGUAAUUUAACGCAUUUUAUUGUACGGUGGCAAAAAGUUGUUUGCAUUAAUAAAACAAAUAAAUAAAAUAUAAAAUGAUUGUGAAAAGCUUAACAAAAAAUAUUAUUGAUUGGUAAAAAAGUUUAUAUGAUAAAAAUAUAAGUUUAACAAACAGCAGUGUGAAAAGAAUUUUGUUAAAAUUGCAUUCAUUAAGUAAAAAUUUAUAAUAAAAAUUAAAUGAAUUGAAAAUACAAUUGGGAAAAUCACCAACGAGAUUUAAAUGAAAAAAGAGGAAUUAUCAUAAAAGAAUUGCUGAAAAUAAUGCAAAAAAAUUGAAAAUUAAAAGCUACCAAUGAGAUUUAUGUGAAUUAAAGAAACUGCCAAACAAUUGGUGGCAACAUUAAUGAAGUUCAAUUAAAAUAUUUGUUGUUAAUUGCAAUUCCGCGAAGAGUGUCUGUCGAUUUAUUUAAAUCUGGCAUGUGUGUCUCAGUGUGACGUCGAGAAGGAAAGUGGACUGUGAGAACGAGAACGAGUGAUUUAUGGCUGAUGGUGGAAAAUGCAGUAACAAAAGAAAAAAAAAUGCUUUAAAUAAAUAAGAACGCAUAAACGUGCAACAACAAAGCGAAAACACCGAGUGAGCGGGCAAAGAACAACAAUAAAAGGAAAAUACAUAUAUACGAAUAUAAAAAACGAAGAAAAUUUCAGCACAAAAGUGAGGAAAGUGGGAGAAGAGGAAAAGAAUAAAGGCAAUUGAAAACAAUACGACGGCAUUACAGUCGAGGAUAACUCAUUAGAAUUUGAAAUGAGACGUGGCAGCAGCAUGGUUAAUUUUCUGUGGCUGCUGCUGGUGCUUUUCAGCUGUGCCACAGCUGAGGAGCAUUCGCAUCGACAUCAUGAGGCAACAGCAGCGGCGGCAACAGCAACAACAACAACGAGUGCACCGGGCACGCUGAAGCAACAGCAACGCUUGUUACAACUGCAACAGGCACAGGAGAACGGCAAUAGCAAUGGCAAUGGCAAUGGCAAUGACAUUGGCCUCCUCGACUAUCGCCACCAGCAUCCACAUCAUCACUUGCGUCAUGAGCAACAUUUGCGUGCCGAACUCGCUGGCAGCGUUGGCAACAGGCAACCGCCGUCGGCAGCCAAGCUGGAACUGGAGCAAUUGGCCAUGUUGCCGGGGCCGGGACAACAGCAUCAUUUGCGUCAUCACAAUCGUCAUCAUGCCGCCUGGGAGCAACGUGUUUUCCCCGCGCUGCGCCAUCAGCAACAGCAGCAACAACUGCAGCAACAACAUCGCACCACAAUUGCCCCGGCAACAUAUUCGAGAGUUGUAACAGAUGCUCCUCCAGCGCAUUCGUUCAGCAAUUCGAGCGGCACACGUUACUUUGAUCGCGAUGGCAUCUACGCUGCCUGGAUGCAACCACGUGCCACACGUGCCCCCAACUGGCAACAGCUCGAGGAGAGCUACGAGGAUGGUGACGAUGAUGAUGAGUAUGAUGAAGAUGAGGAUGAGGACUAUGAUGAGGAUGCUGACGAUGCAGCCACUGCCGAGUUGGCCAAACAAAUGCCACGCUAUUCGUUGUUUAGUCAAAAGUUGCCCUCAAUUAGCUCCAACGAAGAGGAUUACGAUGCUUACGAUCAGACAGUGGAUGUCGAAGUUGAUAAAAAUACCAACAAUAAUAAGCAUCCAAGUGUUGCCAAUGGUCAUGCCAAGGCGGCGGCCAAGCGGAAUGUCUUUGAUUGGCUCUUCAAGCGCGACAAGGAGAAGGUCAAGCCUCAGCCUCAAUCGCCGCCAGUCAAGCCAAGCACAACAGAGAAGCCGAAAAGCUUUCUGGAUGACAACCUAAACGAUGACGGUGACGAUGGGGACAACGAUGAAGCCAUCGAUGCCUUCUCCAACGAGCAGUGGAACAAACUGGAGCAUGAGCACAAAAUCCAACACGAGCAUUAUAUGAACAAACAGAAGCAUCAAAAGGAGAUUGAAGCUUUGCGAGCGCGCAACAGAAAUACGCCAUUGAUAAGGCGCGGCAGCAUGCGACGAGGCGGCGGCAUUGAUAAUGAGAAUGCGAAUGCAGACAACAAUUAUUCACACAAUUAUAUACCCGGCAAGCUAACUGAAUUGAAGAACAAACAGCUGGGCAAUCCGAAAGCGGUGUCAAAUUCACGACGUGGUCAUAAUCCCGACUCGGAACUGGCUGAAAAACAUUAUAGAACUGUCAUGGAGGAGGCAAUGUGCCAUGAGCCGCAGAUGCGUUGCAUGCGUGUUGAACGGGAUCCCUCGAAAAUCUACAGGCCACAUUGCACCAAGCUGUUUCGCUGCAGCGAGGACAGCGGCUGUUGUCGCAGUCGCAGCGAGAUCUGUGCCCCAAAGGAAUACCACGAAGUCGAGCUGACUUUCUAUGUCUCGACGGUUGGCUCACGCAAAUCAACUACUGAGAAAUUGUCGUUUGUCAAUCACACCAAAUGCCAUUGCAUUGAACGCACCAAUUUCUAUAACGGAGCUCUCUCCAAUGUGGGAGAGAUGCAACAGGCGGCCAUACUCAACUGUAAUUGUCCCAAACUCUUUGAGAAGAUCAUACAGAACGAUGGGAAAUGUCGCUGCGAUUGCACAUCAAGCAGCAAUCACUGUGCUUAUCUGAAAACCGGCAUCGAACACUUUUCCAUGAAGGAUCGCAAGUGCAUACAUCAGGGCAUUUGCAAGGCGCCCACCUGCCAGUAUGGCAACUAUAUGGAGAAGCACGGACGUUGCCCCAAUGAGAACGAGCAGAGCAACUACAAUGCCCACAAUUUGUCGUAAAUGGUGUGCGACACAAGUAUUAGCAUAAGAUCUGUUAUAUUACAAAACGGAGGUCUGAGCCAGGUCAAACAAACUAAACUGUCUAUCGAAUCAUUUAACAAAACAAAACAAAACAAAAACCAAAGCGAAUGUUUUAUGUUGUUGCCUGGUGAAGAGUAAAAGAAAUGAAUUUAGUUGCAUAUCCUAUACAAUUUACGAAUAUAUAAUAUAUCCGCUGAUUGCAAAACUGUUUUACAACAGUCUUUCAGUCUUUUGUCCCUCCCAUUUUUAUUCAACAGAUCAUCUAUCUUAACUAGCUGUAAAAAUCUAUAUAUGUAUGUGUGUACUACGAUCGAACAAAAAACGAAUUCGAAUUAAAUGAAAUCGACAACAAAUAAGCAAUUUAUUUGCAAACGAAAAAAAUAAAACUGAGUAAAAAGCAUAUAUAUAAAUUGCAAAAAAUAUUCCAAAAUAUAAAUUGACUGCGUUUUAGUUUAAAUUUACUAUUCAUAUGUUAUUUAAUUAUAAAUGAAAAACAAAACAAACAAAAAUACACAAAAGCAAAACAAUAUAUAUAAUUAUUAGAAAUUUUAAUCAUACUAUAUAUAUAUAUAUAUAUCAUAAAUAUUAUUAUAUGCAGCACUAAAUACAGCAAAAAAGAAAACAUAAUGGAAACGACAACAAAAAUCAAUAUUGAAACUGCUCACAAAACAGAGAAAGACAAAUGUUUUGCAUUUGGUAUUAAUAAUUAUAAAUUUAUAUAAUUAAUUUCUAGUCAAACGUUUACACAUGAUUUGUUUAGCAAGAAAACAAGCAUUUAAUACAAAUUACAUACUAUAAUAUGCGUACAUAAACAUACAAAUACAAACAUACUCGUAUAGAGAACGAUAGACAUAAUUCAUGCUAUACUUACGUAACAUAACUUCAUGUAUUCGACUGUCCCAAAAACUGUCAUUCUCUCUAGCAAAAACAAAACAACAAAAAAACAAAGAAAACUUAAUUAUAAUGAACUUGAUAUUAAUUCAGAAGCCAUUAUGGAACCCACCAGCGAAAACACAAUAAUAACUAUGAAUAUAUUCACAAAACAAGAGAACAACACUUCAACAUUUUAACAUUAAACUAAAUCUGACUUUAUAAGUGUAAGUUUAAGUUCUCUGAUUUUAGUUUGACUUCAAACAAUAAAUCAUCACUGCAAGGACUAUGUUUUAAAAUGUGAGCUAAAAUCAAAUACAAAGUUAUUCACAUUAAAUUCAAAUGACGUUGUGUUGUGAAUAUGAAAAGCAUUGGCAAUAAAUAAAGCGAAAGCAAUUGUUGUUUCGUAUGAAAAUUAAAAUAAGUACAUAUAGUUUGUAUAUGUAUUUAAUUCUAAAUAAUUUAGUGCUCAUAUACUAUCGAAAUUCAACAUUUGAACAUUAUCAAAAGGCAUCUAAUACAAAUUAAAAUUAAAAAAAUGUUUAAUUUGAAAGUAUUCGCAAUUGAUUGCCCAACAAUGAGCCGUUAAUAAGUAUUUUUGUGCUUAACUUGUUUUCACAUUUAUUUGCCAUAAUUUAUGAGCAUUUUGUUUGCUCAAAUAUUAUUAUAUUUAUUGAAUUCCACACACACUCGCACACACCAACACACACUCAUAAGCACUCACAAAAACACACAGAAAGUGGCACUCAAAUGCGCAAAUUGACCCAUAAAUAAAUUAAACAUUUAUGUAAUUGUUUUUAGAGAUGUUAUGCAAAUAAAUAAAAUAAACAUAUGUAUGAAAUAUAUACUACUACAAACAAACAAAACAA